AUGCCCUCCUAUAUUUUCUACGAUUUCUGCGAACCCAAAAGACCCGGAAAAUUAUCUUUUUACUUAAAAAUACUACGGCUUGGGAUAAUAAUCUUACUGGCACUAUUGAUGCCUCCGGGAGCAUCUGGAAUUUUAUCUCCACUUGAUGUCUCGAAGGAAUAUCAGCGUUCUUUGAAUGAAUUUAUGAAGGGUCGGUCAACACCACCACAUAAGACUGAUAAGCGUUUUACGCCCUUUUGGGCAGCUCAAAUCUAUGGAGGAGAAGGUGUUGCUAGGAGUUUGGCGACUAAGUACGGUUUCACCUAUCUUGGCGAGAUCAUGCCAGGAAUAUACUACUUUAGACAUCGGAGAGUAGCAAAGCGUUCUCUUCAUCAGAAUGUUUUCCACCACAAGCAGCUCUACUUUGAUCCAAGCGUGAGUGUCGCAUCAUCUAAUUUAUUUUAUUUGGAGACAAAGAAACGCCAAUAUAAUGUUCACUCGGACGGUGUGUUCUUCCCCCAUCAAAUGAGUGGGAUGAAAGCGUUGCCGUUCAAAGGUAGUCUGACAAGCGUUCUCUAUUCACAGGUUCGUUGGGCAGAGCAACAAGUGGCAAAGGUUCGAGUAAAACGCGAUGUUUACCACCAACCACCGCCAAACGAUCCCAGCUGGCCCCGGAUGUGGUAUUUGAACCGGGGUGGACCAGGCGGCAUCGACAUGAAUGUUCGUGCAGUAUGGGCGCGAGGCUAUGCUGGCCAAGGCGUUGUGGUGACCAUUCUUGACGACGGACUUGAAACAGAUCAUCCCGAUCUCAAACCUAACUACGACAAGCGUGCCUCGUUCGACGUCAAUAGCAACGACGAGAAUCCCGACCCGCGUUAUGUGGAGCGCGAUUUUCGGAACAUCAACCGCCAUGGAACACGUUGCGCAGGGGAGGUUGCAGCUGCGGCGAACAACAGUAUCUGCGGCUUGGGCAUCGCCUUCAAAGCGCGCAUUGGUGGUGUGCGGAUGCUUGAUGGCGAUGUGACGGACGCUAUGGAAUCGCGGUCGCUGGGUCAUAAUCUCCAGCAUAUCGACGUAUACUCUGCCAGCUGGGGACCUGAAGAUGAUGGACGCACUGUUGAUGGACCUGGCAAACUUGCACGAAUCGCUUUUCGUAAUGGAAUCCUGAAGGGUCGGGGCGGUCUUGGUUCUAUAUUUGUGUGGGCGAGUGGGAAUGGCGGGAAGUAUGACGACAACUGCAAUUGCGACGGCUAUACAAACAGUAUCUAUACGCUGGGGGUGAGCUCAGCCUCAGAGCACGGCACGAUUCCGUGGUACGCAGAGACUUGUUCUUCCACUCUCGCUGUCACCUACAGCAGCGGUGGGCAGGGUGAAAAGGGUGUGGUGACAACUGACCUGAACCACACCUGCACGGACAGCCAUUCGGGCACGUCAGCGAGCGCACCUCUGGCCGCGGGCAUCUGUGCACUCACGCUCUCAGCGAAUCCGCGAUUGACUUGGCGUGAUCUGCAGUACAUCGUCAUCCACUCCGCCCGACCCGACGGCCUCUACACCAAUGAUUGGCGUGUCAAUGGUGUCGGUCGACGUGUCUCUCAUGCCUUUGGCUACGGGCUUAUGGACGCUGCAGCAAUGGUGGAUCUGGCGCUCAACUGGACUACAGUUCCCACCCAGCGGAUCUGCGAGGUGCGCGCUCCCCUUCCGCGUAGUCCGCUGAAGAUGCGUCAUCACACGACGGAGCAACUGCGACUGGAGACUGACGGGUGUCUUAUUAAUGAAGCCGGUGACCCAUCAAGGGGCGUUGUCUACUUGGAGCAUGUUCAGGCAAAGGUGAGGGUCACUCCCCUUUAUCUUAUGUACAAAAAUGGUAUGCACUCGAAAACUGUGGCUAAAUAG